AUGGAAGAAAAAUUGGGAGAACAAAUGACUAUUGGCCAAGACCUGAGCAAAAUAUUAUCUUCACUCAAAAAAGACGGGUCUGCACGCAAUACAGAGGAAUACUUCAAGAAAAAAUCCAUGAUGGCCGCAGAUCUACUGAACAAAUUCCAAGAAAAUCAUAACGAACUCCGGAAAUCCCUUGAUGAAGAGCAUUCCUACUUCAAACAAGAUUUAGAUGGUCAGAUAUCCAAAUGCUACCAAGAAAUCAAGAACUAUAUCAAUACAUGGCAGAAGUCCACUCCGAUGUCAGAAGAAGGGACGCUGAAAAAAAUGCAGUACCUGAAGAGCCAAACCAGGGGUGAAGCAGCGAAGCUCAUUCAACAUUUAGAAGUAUCAUCAAGAAACUACCCCAUCGCCUGGGAAUUGAUAAAGAGGAGGUACAACAACAACAGACUUCUCUUCAGCAAGUACGCCGACAACAUCUUGAAUCUACCAAUUUUGCAACAAGAGUCGGCAGCUUCCAUUAAAAAACUUCACGACACUGUUCAAGAAAAUCUGAGAGCCAUUGAAAAUAUGGGAAUCACAGCCGAACAAUUGGGUAACAACAUAAUAGCGCAUAUGCUGCUAAAGAAAUUAGACAGCAAUUCAAGAAGGCUCUAUGAACAAUCUACCACAACACACAAGGAUAUUCAAGAACUGGCAGAUCUUUUGGAGUUUCUAGAAAAUCGAUUCCAAUCCCUCGAAGCACUUCGAGGCACAAUCAAAAAAUCAGAUCAUCCAUCAACAGGACAAAGACAUAAAUUUCAAAACUACCACAGCGACUUACAAUCAUGCAGUUUAUGUAACAGCAACCAUGAAAUUUUCCGUUGCCAAGAAUUCAAGGAUAUGUCAGUAAAAGAACGAAACGAUUUUGUACGAAAACAACACCUCUGCAAGAAUUGUUUGAAGCAUCCGAACAAUACGAAAUGCCCGAGCAAGAAUCUCUGCUUCAAAUGUAACAACUUUCAUUACUCAUCAUUACAUUGGGAAAAUUAUCGGAACUUCGAAACAAAUUUAAAUCAGCAAGGACAGAAGCAAGAUACCUCCAAAAGUCAACCCACAAGAGAGCAUGAAAAUGGAUUCGGUUCCCAUCUAGGAAAAGCUUCAAAUAACAAUGAUGGACCAACCAUCCCCAUCCUGGCCACAGCAUUCGUUAAUGUUAAAAACAACAAAGGGUACCAUGAACUUAAGCGAGUUCUUAUUGAUCCAGGCUCCCAAGUAUCAUUUAUAACUGAAGGAGCCGCAAAUACCUUAGGAAUGCCCAAGCAAAGGCAUCAUGCGAACAUAACAGGGUUAGGAUCUUGCGACGCAGGGACUUCAAAAUGGAAAAUCCACACCGUGAUGAAACCAAGAUUUUCAAGCGACUUCAAAUUACAAGCCGAGCUAUACAUCCUACCAAAAUUGACCAGCUCCAUGCCUCAACAACCGAUAACUGCUGACGAAAAUUGGAGCAACGUAAUCCUUGCCGACCCCACUUACUACAAACCCGGAAAAAUCGACAUUCUCCUAGGAAUCGACUUAUACACGGAAAUCGUACAGGAUGGUGUUAAAAUAUCUAAAAAUGGUCUGCUUGCACAAAACACUGAGUUAGGAUGGAUUCUCUCCGGUAGCACAUCAGCUGGUCCGCAACUCCAAAUAACCAGUAUGAUCGCCACCACUGCACCAGAAAUACAGAUAACAAAAUUCUGGGAAAUAGAAGAAGCGGAUACCCUCACAAACAACAACAGCCAGGAAAGCCCCUGCCAAGAAUUCUUCAAGAAAACUUACACAAGGAAUCAGGAUGGCACAUAUACUAUAGAGAAGAAGUUCGAGAAGGACGAGAAAUUGGAAGCAAUGUACAAAGAAUUCAUGUGGGAAUAUAUCGAACUAAAACACAUGACUCCAGCAAAUCAGACGACCAGCACAAGAUACUACAUUCCGCAUCAAGCAGUAAUAAAAGAGGACAGAGAAACAACAAAACUGCGUGUCGUAUUCGACGCGAGCCAGAAAUCCAGUACCGGAAUCAUUUUAAAUGAUAUAUUACACACUGGUCCCAAGCUUCAACAAGACUUGCUUGAUAUAUUAUUGAGAUGGCGAAAAUACGAAAUCGCGUUGACUGCAGAUGUGGAAAAAAUGUACUGGCAGGUCAAACUACAUGAAGAUGAUCAAACAUUCCACACUAUUUUAUGGAGGUUCAACAAAAAUGACCCAAUCCAGGAAUAUCAACUCACGACAGUCACCUACGGAACCGCUCCCGCUGCCAAAUUCCCGAGAGCUGCGGAACUGAUACUUGAAGAUUUCUACGUCGAUGAUUUUCUCUCCGGCUCCCACAAUAAAGAAGAGGCACAAAAAAUCAGACAAGAAGUUAAAACGCUACUUCUCAAGGGAGGAUUCAACAUUCGAAAAUGGAAAAGCAAUCUCACAUUAAAUGAUGAUACGUCCUUUCAAGAUUUCAACAGCAGAGAGGACAUAACCAAAAUUCUGGGAAUUAAAUGGUCACCACAAAAUGAUAACUUCCAAUACACUAUUAAACAAACUUCCAAUCGAACAAACACAAAAAGACAAGUGCUAUCUGAAAUUGCUUCAAUAUUCGAUCCAUUAGGUCUCAUGGCUCCAAUUGUAAUCAAGGCGAAAAUAAUUAUGCAAGACAUAUGCAAAACUGGCAAAAAAUGGGAUGAAGCUAUUCCUACAGAAAUCCAAACAGCGUGGGACAAAUUCAAAGAAGAACUGCCAAUAAUGGAAAACCUGCAACUACCACGAUGGUUCCAGUAUAAUCCAGAGCAGCCCAUUGAAUUACACGGAUUCUGUGAUGCAUCGCAAAGAGCCUAUGGAGCAGCAAUAUACACCAAAGCAGUCAAAACUCCGAGUAAGCAAAACGUCUUCAUAGUCAACCGAGUCAACAAAGUUCAUCGCUUACUAGGUCAAGUUCAAUGGAACUACGUAAAAUCGGAGGAGAAUCCAGCUGAUUUACUAUCCAGAGGCGCGCUACCAAGUAAACUCCAGAAAAACACAUUAUGGUGGAAUGGACCUGCAUGGCUCAAAACAUCAAGUAGUGAAAUCAAGAGAACUGAAGAGAUUCCAAAAGAAAUCGUAAUGAAUAACGAAGAAUUUCAAGAACUAACGGUGUUUACCACCAAGACCAAUGGACCUCUAGAAUUGUUAACAAAAUUUUCAUCCUGGAAGAAGACAAAACGAGUGAUGGCCUAUUGCAAAAGGUUCAUAGACAAUUGCAGAUCCAGGAAUGCGACCGAGUUACCAAAAAAGCGAGUACCCCCAUUCAUCACACCGACCGAACUUCAAUGGGCGAAAACAACACUCAUAAAAUUGGUCCAGAAUGAACAUUUUCAAGAGGAAUUAACCAGAUUCAACAACAAUCUGACUAUCAACUAUUGGACCUUGGGAAGAGUGACGCGGUGUCACCCAGGAAACGACGGAAUUGUGAGAGUGGCUACGAUACGAUGCAAAGAUGGGAAAGAGAUCAGAAGACCUAUAACCAAAAUCUGCAUACUCCCGGUCGAGCAAGAAGAAAGAAGAAACGAUAAGACUAACAAAGUCGGACCUUCCUCGAAAAAUCGACUGAUACAAACAUUAAUAAUGAUCACGUUACUAUGUGUAGCCAAUACUAAAAACGCAAUAGCGCACCACACAAUUCACAAACUGCCGCCUGGAUUCUACGUGGAGCAUUUAGGAAAAACCGAAGCAAUCUUAACAGAACAGUUGAAGACUUUCGAGGGUUAUGUACUACAGCUUCUCAACUAUCGCAGACAAAUCACUGUCACGAGUUUCAACACCACAUCACAGAAAUGA